UAACCCUAACUCUCAACUUGAGACUAUACUCUCAGUCUCAACUUGAUAUAUCAACUCUCAACCUCAACCUGACUUUGACUACAACCCUCAACCCUUGGCUAACAGAUUCAAGAAUUGACUUUCGGUCCAAAUUUGACUCCUAACCCCAUCCUCCAACCCUUCUCUAAGUCGAUUCUUUGGUCCGAGCCUUGUAUUUUGGCUUCGAAUGUAGUAAAUCAUUCACAAUUUUUAUGUUACCCCUAUAUAUUGACCCUUAAAAGUAGAGUGUGAAUAUUCUAGACCUUUCCAGACUUGCUAAUUUCUUCUACCAUAUAAAUACAUUCCGUCCGACAUAAAUAAACGGAGUACUCUAGUUGAUGAUUACAAGCUUCACUUGGGUUUUUCAUCAUACAUUACAACAAUCUUUUCUUCUCUCUGCAAGGAAAACCCUACCUUUAAAUCUUUCUUGAAAGCAAUAGGGAACUGUACAGCUCUCAAUUUGCUCAAUUCACAACUUCUGGAAAAACACGAGAGAAAAAAAGUAAUUAACAAUGUUUGGCGUGGUGUUCCCAAACCGAAGCUUCCCUAUGGAUAUCUCCACCUUUGCUCAGAUAGACACAACUCAUUGGGUCCUCGACAUGAACACCUUUGUUGGGGAAGCAUAUGAUUCUAUUCGAGAAGUCUGCAUAUUCCUCAUCAACAACUUCACACUGCCACCAGACAAAGCCCUCGCUGUGUACAUCCAAUCCCCUGGCUCGCCUUUCCUCUUUUGUGGCGCAGUUACACUGACUCGACCCUCCGCUGUGCUGUCGCUUCCUUGGCCAGAGCCCGGUGGCCAACUGCAGCUCACUGCUGAUGCAACUCCAAUCUCUGCCAAGAUAGGUGUUUCAGUUGAGGAUCUUGCAACACUUCCCUCCCUUGAUGUGGCUGCAGAACAGAAAAUUGAGAGGUUGGCGCUGAAAGUUGGUGAGAAUUUAUUUAAUUUUAUGCAGUCCUUUUGCGGAGUGGAUGGCAGUAAGCUGGUUGUGCCUAUGGAUAUAUUGGAUCGCUGGUUCAAGAAAUUCCAGGAACGAGCUAAGCGAGAUCCAGAGUAUUUGAAGGGCUUCGCUUUGUAGUUCCCAGUUCAUGUAUGAAGGUUCCUGUGUUUUAUCUUUGGAGAACUGUGAUGAGAAUAUAACGAGUUAAUUGUUGUAGAAUUGUGGUAAGUCAUUGUUCACUACUUGGUUAGAACUUUGGGCAGUAACCGUUGUCUACUGUUGAUUAUUAGAAAUGAAUUUCAAUCUUAUCGAUAUGUUCCAUCA